AUGCAACGGAACAACAAGAAUACCACAUAUCUCCUCGUUUUCGCACUCUUCCACUUUUUGACAUCGAUUAAAAGUGAAAAUUCUACAUUGAUCAAUUCAGAAUAUCCAUGGUUACGCCUUCCAUCUACUCCUCAACUUCCUUAUCCUCAUUACGAUCAAUAUGCACAGAUCAAUAAUAUCAGCAUAUGGUACACUAUUUAUGGGCCAGAAAAUGGUGCGCCUGUUCUGUUCCUUCACGGCGGAUUUGCUAAUAGUGACUAUUGGGGACUACAAGUUCGACAACUUCAGAGUACUUACAAAUGUAUUCUAAUGGACUCUCGAGCACAUGGUCGAAGUCCAUCAUCGUCUGCCAAUAUUACAUACGAUCUGAUGACUUCGGAUGUUGUUAGUCUACUUGAUUAUCUUGGUUUUAGCAAGAUUCACCUUGUUGGUUGGAGUGAUGGAGGAAUUAUUGGUCUCAAUCUGGCGAUGAAUUAUCCUGAUAGACUAUAUUCAUUGUUUGCAUUCGCUGCGCACUAUAAUUCAUCGGCUGGGAACAACGCGUCUAUGCCACCUGUUUUUGCUGCUUAUUUUAAACGCACUCAAGCCGAAUACGAAGCAUUUAAUCCAAACAAGCCAUAUGAAAUUUUUCUCAAUGAUUUACUAACAAUGUGGGCUAAUUAUCCGAAAUGGGCAAAAGUCGAUUUUGAAAAAAUUCCUUCGGAUUUACCCGUUUGGAUUGUAGCCGGUGAUCAUGAAGAAGUUAUCCAUAGAGAACAAACGGACACGAUGGCUGGUUGGAUCUCACAAGCCGGAGAAUUGAUAUUACUGUGA